AUGUGGAAAGUUAAUUUCCCAAGGUAAAUAAAUUUAUAUCUAGACUAUUAUUUAUCCUUCUGAAAGUUUAAUUCAAUAUAUAAUCUAAGAUUGUUCAAAUAAAAUAUAAUUCCUUUUUCUAAUGAACAAUUCUAUAUUUUUAUUCUAUUCUUUUAAAUUUUUUAAUUUAAUAACGUAAAUAUUACGUAUAUGAACAUACAAGAUUUUUAAUACGAUUAUACUAUUUUUCAUCAACCUUUAUUUUUUAUUUUAUAACUUCAGCCUUUAUUUUUUAUUUUAUAAGUUUAUUAAAUGUUAUAUUAUAUAAAUUAUGUUAUAUUAAUAUAAAUUAUGAAAUUUUAAAAAUUGUUAUGCAUAUAUAUUUUAUAUGUUAAAAUGUUAAUUUGAUUAUGAAAGAUUAUGAAAUAUUAUGAAUUAUGAUAUAUUAUGAAAGAUCUUUUAUAAAAAUUAUAAAAUUAAAACGAUUAAAAAUUAUAUGAUGCAAUUUGAAAAAAUAAUCAAAAUUUUUUUAAUUUAUCAUUACUAUAGUAUAAGUGUUAUAUGUAUGUAUUUUUAUCGUUAUAUACUUUCUUAAGUUUAUUUAAAUUUUUUACCUUUACUAAAAUAUAACUUAUUGUUUACAUAAAUACAGAUGCAUAUGUAAAUGUUACAUAUAUAUGUAACAAUGAUAAAAUACCAUUAAAUUUAUUAAAAUAUUACUAAAUAUUACUAAAAUUUAAUAAAAUUAUGAAUAUUCCUUUUUCGAGAUACUUACUUACCUAUCUAUAUUAUAAGAGUUGAACAUAACCUAUUAAAUGUUCAUGACACGUGAGUAAUAUAAGUGCAAACUAAAUGAGUUUAUUCGUAAUAAACAGGUAUGUAAAAAUAUUGAGAAAAUGUAACGUACAUAUAUAUAUAUAUUACUAAAUUUCAUUACUAAAUGAAAUACAUAUAAUUAAUAAUAAUACAUAUAAUGAAUUAAACUAUAAAUAAAUAUUGAUUAUUAUCUAAUUGUAAUCAAAUUUUUAACUUCUUUUCCUGGACUAUUGUUAAUAUAUAUUAUUAUUCUUAAUAGAUAUGAAGGUGAGAAAGAAGAAACAAAAAAUGAAAGGAAUCAUUUGUCUGAAUUACUAAAAAGGAUAGAAAAACGUAAACUAGAAAGAGCUAUUAAAAAUAAUUGUCAAACACAGGCAAAUAGUUCUCAAAAUACUCAAGACUUAAAUUAUGAAAAAAGAAAGAGAAAAGCAGAAAAUCUCAAUGAAUGUUCAACAGAAAAUAUUAAUUUGAAUGAAAAAAAUAUAUUAAAUGAUGUUAAAGAAAAGGAAAAAAUACAUGUUUCAAAUCAUAGAAAAAGCAAAAAGAAAAAAAAUGCAGCUAAAGCAUUGCAAAAUGAAAAUGUAGAUGAUCAGAAUAAUGAAAUAUCUAAUAAAUCAUUAGAUUCAAUUGAAACACAAGAAAAAAUAAUAGAUCAAUGUAAUGAUUUUAUAAUUAUGGGUACAAAAAAUAAACAAAAGAAGUACAAAGUUAAGAGAAUUCUACCGGAAUGGUUGGCUAAUCCAAAAUUAAUGUCUAUUGAUUUAAAUAGUGGCCCAACGUUAGAAGAAAUGAAUUCAAUUUUAGAUAUUAAACUUAUUACAGCUUUAAGAGCUAAUAAUAUUAACAAAUUAUUUCCUGUUCAAGCUAAUAUGAUAUCUUGGCUAUUGAAGUGUGAUAAAGAUAGAAAACAAAGGUGGUGGUUAAGAGAUGCAUGUAUAUCUGCUCCUACAGGCAGUGGUAUGGAAGCACAUAGUAAAACUUUAGCAUAUGUUCUACCUAUUGUUCAAAUAUUACAGUCUCGAUUAGUUCCAAAAAUACGUUGUUUAGUUGUUGCACCUGUACAAGAAUUGGCAGCACAAAUUUACAAAGUAAUGAUUACAUAUAUUUCGCAUACAAAUUUAAGAGUUGGUUUACUUUCUGGUGCAUCAUCAUUUUAUGAAGAACAAAGAAGUAUUCUGAGAGAAAAUGCUAGAGGAAAAUAUGUAUCUAUAGCGGAUAUAGUGAUUGCUACACCUGGACGAUUAAUAGAUCAUAUAUUAAAAACAUCAGGAUUUUCAUUGGAUGAUCUUAGAUUUCUUGUUAUUGAUGAAGCAGAUAAAGCUGUAGAUUGGUUAGAAUAUCUUCCCGAACCUCAUUAUCGAACUCCACGAUUAACACUUUUCAACUUACGUUCUAGUAAAAUUCCAGCUCAAAAAUUACUAUUCAGUGCAACAUUAUCACAAGAUCCUGAAAAGCUUAGUCGCUUUGGACUCUUUCAACCAAUAUUAUUCACAUCUGUUUUGGUGACAGGCAAAGAUGAUAAUGUAAAUUUAGAUAAAGAAGUGAGUAAUUUUAUAGGCCGUUAUACAAGCCCUGAAGAAUUAAAAGAAGAAGCAGUAGAAUGCGAAGCAGAAUAUAAACCAAUAGCUUUAUAUCAGCUAAUAACCAGAAACAGUAUUUCCAAAAUAUUAGUAUUUACAAAUUCUGGGAAAACUGCUCAUAGAUUAACUAUUUUGCUUCAGUCAUUUUUAUCUAAAAAAAAUAUAGUAGUCGGAGAACUUUCUGCACAACUUGCGUCAAAAGAACGUGAAGAUGUACUUACAAAAUUUAUAACUGAAAAAAUUCAAAUACUCGUAUGUUCAGAUGCAUUAGCAAGAGGUGUUGAUAUUCCAAAUGUACAAUUAGUAAUAUCUUAUGAUCUUCCUAAACAUAUUAAUGGUUAUAUUCACAGAGCAGGAAGAACAGGACGUGCAGGUAAAUCCGGCACUGCAAUAUCUAUUCUAAUACCUAAACAAGUUCGAAUAUUUAAACAUAUGUUGAAUAAUGCACAUAAAUUAGUACCACAUGUUGAAAAAUUAGAACUAAGUUAUGUUAUAAAUGAAAUUGAUUACUUGAGUCAUAUUGAUAAAUUGAAACAUGUUCUUCAAAUAGAGAAAGAAAAUAACUUAUUACGUGCAAAAUCAGUUAAACGAGACAAUAUUUCAGAAUUACUGAUCAAAAACAUGAAAUCAAUGCCAAAAUGAUUGCAAACUUAUACAACAAAAUAAUUGUUAUACAACAAGAAAUUAAUUUUUACCUGUUUGCGAACUUCGGUGUAUCUGUUCGAUUGUCUUCGAUUAUCUUGAUUUAUGGUAUGGCUGAAAUAUUACGUUAUUUUCGAAAAGAAAGAUCAGCAAGAGGAGUGAGGUCUGACUGGCUUAUUAAAACUGGAGGAUCAGAUCACUCAAAAGUUAUGUCCGUGUGUAUCCCAAUAAGAUACAGUGUGCCAUAG